AUGAUACCUAUUCUAGAAGACUUCUUUCCCCCAACAACAGAGGAUGUACAAGGAGAAGAUGAACAACCAACCACAAACCCUCAGUUUGAUGACUUAUUUGAGGAAAUUGAAGCUGAAUUGUAUCCCGGUUGUGAUUGGAUUUCGUCUCUAAACUUUUUAGCAAAGCUAUUGCAUUUAAAAGUCAGGGGAAAAAUUCCUAAUAACAUCUUUGAAGAAUUAUUGAAGCUUUUAAAGUUUGCGUUUCCGAAGGAAAAUAAUAUUCCAUCAACUUACUACGAGGCAAAAAAGAGAUUGAAGAAAUUAGGCUUGGGUUAUGAUAAUAUCGAUGUCUGUUUGUAUAAUUGUUGCUUAUUUUAUAAGGAGAAUGCAUCCAAGGAGGCUUGUCCAGUUUGCGGAACUAGUCGUUGGGUUACUUCCGAGAACGGGAAAGGAAAAAAAGUUCCUUGCAAAGUCAUGCGAUACUUUCCGUUGACACCUCGACUUAAAAGAUUAUAUAAUUCGAGGAUUACAGCGAAAAGCAUGAUAUGGCAUCAUACUGGAAAAUCAAAAGAUGAUGGGGUGUUGCGACACCCGGUCGAUGGUUUAGCUUGGAAAGACUUUGAUGCAAAACAUCCCGAGUUUGCAAGGGACCCAAGAAAUGUUCGACUUGGGUUAGCUGCUGAUGGAUUUAAUCCAUUUGGCAACAUGAGUCUUGCAUACAGCAUGUGGCCAGUGGUGGUAGCUAACUAUAAUCUACCACCUUGGUUAUGCAUGAAAGAUAAUUAUUUUUUGCUAUCUACCCUAAUUCCUUGUGCAAAAUCUCCAGGUAAAGACAUGGAUAUAUUUUUAAGACCUUUGGUGGAUGAAUUAAAGGAGUUGUGGAAUAAUGGGGUAGCAACGAGAGAUAGUUCGACCAACUCGAUGUUCACAAUGCGUGCUGCGCUUUUGUGGACAGUGAAUGAUUUUCCUGCUCGUAGUAGCUUGUCUGGGUGGAGUGGUCAAGGUUAUAAAGCUUGCCCUACUUGUAAUGAAGACACGACGUCCAUUCGAGUGAUCGGGAAGACAUCAUAUGUUGGUCAUCGAAGGUUCUUGCCAAGUAACCAUGCAAUGAGAAGGGAUACUCGAUUUGAUGGUAAAGCUGAAAGAAGACCUCCUCCAAGACGAUUUACUUGUGAAGAAAUAUUAUCACAAGUUAAUGCUCUCGAACCCCAAAUUCCCGGACAUCAUGAAAAUUUUGGGGGCGUGAAACGUAGAAGAGUUGCAGAAAAUUGUAAUUGGAGGAAAAAAAGUAUUUUCUACGAGUUGGAGUAUUGGAGCACGAAUAUUUUAAAACACAACAUUGAUGUCAUGCAUGUUGAGAAGAAUGUGUGUGAUAGUCUCCUAGGAACCAUCUUGGAUAAUGAUAAAUCAAAGGACACAACCAAUGCGCGCCAUGAUUUAAAGAAGAUGGGUAUUAGGGAAUCGUUGUGGAUUUAUGAAGAUGCGAAUGGGAGGCUAAUGAAACCGCAUGCUCCUUAUGUUUUGACUCGUGAUAAAAGACAACUUUUUUGUCAGUUUGUUGAAGGAAUAAAGUUUCCCGAUGGCUUCUGUUCAAAUUUAAAGAGCAAAGUUUCUCCAGAUGAGUCUAACAUUAUUGGGUUAAAAUCCCACGAUUGUCAUGUCAUUAUGCAGCGAGUACUAGCGGUUGGUGUCCGUAAAUUUCUACCUCGUGACACUGCAACAACUAUUACUCAGUUGUCUUUUUUUGACAUAAUGAUACACUUGGUAUUGCAUUUGCCUGAAGAAGCGAUAUUGGGUGGCCCGGUCUUUAUGAGAUGGAUGUAUCCUUUUGAAAGGUACAUGAAAAAAUUGAAGAAUUAUAUGGGAAAUAAGGCACGUCCUGAAGGGUCAAUUGCAGAAGGUUAUGUUGCUGAUGAGGCAGUAACCUUUUGUUCAAUGUACUUUAAAGGGUGUGAAACAAGAUUUAAUCGGCUUGAUCGAAAUGAAGAUGCGCCUUCUGUUUGUCGCUAUCUCUCAGUUUUUAAUUCUCAAUCUCGUCCUUUAACUAGCGGGCUUAUCAAGCCUCUUGAUCAUACCAGUCGUGAAAAAGCUGAGUGGUACAUUCUUCAAAAUUCUCCUGAAAUCCAAGCUUACUUAGAUGAACAUUUGGACAAGAUCAGGCAUGAAAAUCCUAAUGGUAAUCACGAUGCCUUGCAUAGGCAAACUUUCCGUCCGUGGUUUCACAAGAAGAUAUAUGAGCUGCACAAGCUUGGAACUUUACAAAAUGGUGAUGAGUUACUCGCUCUCGCUUCGGGGUUUAAUUAUUACGGCACACUUGAAGAUGUAAUCACUAUAUCUUAUACUGGUGCAUUUACAGUGUCCUUGUUUGAAUAUGAACCGUACAUCCUUGCCAACCAGGCAAAGCAAGUUUUCUAUCUUGAAGAUCCACUCAGAGGUCGCGAUUGGAAGGUUGUUGAAGAUAUUAGCCAUCGACAAAUUUGGGACAUUACUGACAACGAAGAUGAGACUGAUGUAGAUUUUGUUAGUGAUUCUAACUCUGCCAAUUUUGUGUUGACAGUUGAUCUUGGAGAGUUGAUUAUGCAAUCGAAUGAACCUCCAGUAAUUGUUGAAUCGUCCGAUCAGUUAGUGGAUUCUGAGAUAGAGAAUAAUGAACUGGAUGAGAAUUAUGUUCUUUGA